AUCUAACUAAAAGCCCAAUCCUAACUCCGUCUACACAAAACUAGGGCUUCGUUAAUCUCAAAACCCUCCUCUUCGCUGCAACUCAAUCUUCACAUCACACACAAACUCAAAUGGUAGGUUUCGAAAUCGCCGCCGUCCCGUACAACCCCGACGGAUGGGGUCCACUAGACUCCUCCUCCACUUCAAACGGCGUCGUUCUGCCCAACCACCCAAGCAACGUCCCCUUCGCCCCCUUCUCUCGCUCCGACAAACUCGGCCGAAUCGCCGAUUUCACUCGCAACAACCCCAACCCUAGGAACAACCGAGUCAAUCCCAACGACUCGGCCUUCGAUUUCACCGGCGACGACUCUUUCGCCGCCGACGACGACGCAUCCUUCCGUCUCGUCGACGGCAAGCCCCCGCCCCGGCCCAAGUUCGGGCCCAAGUGGAGGUUCAAUCAGAACUAUCAUAACAAUCGCAAUCAGCUUCCGCAGCGCCGAGACGAGGAGGUGGAGGCGAAGAAGCGUGAGGCUGAGCGCGAUAGGGCCCGGCGCGAUAGGCUUUAUAAUUUGAAUAGGUCUGGUGGGAAUAAUCCGAGACGCGAAGCUGCGGUGUUUAAAAGUUCUGUUGAUAUACAGCCUGAGUGGAACAUGCUUGAUCAGAUUCCGUUUUCGACUUUCUCCAAGCUCUCGUUUUCAGUUCCGGAGCCGGAGGAUUUGUUGAUGUGUGGUGGAUUGGAGUUUUAUGAUAGGACUUACGAUAGGAUUACUCCGAAGAAUGAGAGGCGGUUGGAGAGGUUUAAGAAUCGUAACUUUUUCAAGGUUACGACUACUGAUGAUCCGGUUAUUAGGCGGUUAGCUAAUGAGGAUAAGGCUACGGUUUUUGCUACGGACUCUAUUUUGUCUACUUUGAUGUGUGCGCCUAGGUCGGUUUAUUCCUGGGAUAUUGUGAUUCAGAGGGUUGGGAAUAAGUUGUUUUUUGAUAAGCGUGAUGGAUCACAGUUGGAUUUGCUUGCGGUUCAUGAGACAUCGCAGGAGCCUUUGCCAGAGGCGAAAGAUGAUAUUAAUUCUGCGUAUUCUUUGAGUGUUGAGGCGGCUUAUAUUAAUCAGAAUUUCUCGCAGCAGGUUUUGGUUAGGGAUGGGGGGAAGGUGAGUUUUGAGGAGGCGAAUCCGUUUGCAAGUGAGGGUGAAGAGGUGGCAUCAGUUGGGUAUAGGUAUAGGAGAUGGAAGUUGGACAAUGAUAUGUAUUUGGUUGCUAGGUGUGAGGUGCAGAGUGUUGUUGAGGUUAAUAAUUCAAGGUCGUUUUUGACGCUCAAUGCACUUAAUGAGUUUGAUCCAAAAUAUUCGGGUGUUGAGUGGAGGAGGAAGCUGGAGACACAAAGAGGUGCAGUUUUGGCUACCGAGUUGAAGAAUAAUGCUAAUAAGUUGGCCAAAUGGACAGCACAAUCGAUUUUAGCUAGUGCAGAUAUGAUGAAACUCGGAUAUGUUUCAAGAGUUCAUCCAAGAGAUCAUUUUAAUCAUGUUAUCCUGGCUGUUGUGGGGUACAAGCCUAAAGAAUUUGCGACACAGAUAAAUUUGAAUGUCUCGAAUAUGUGGGGAAUAGUGAAGUCCAUUGUUGAUUUGUGCAUGAAGUUGAAGGAGGGGAAGUAUGUUCUGGUUAAGGAUCCCAUAAAGCCACAGGUGAGGAUUUACGAGGUUCCUGCUGAUGCUUUUGAGAAUGAUUAUGUGGAGGAGCCAUUGCCAGAAGAUGAACAAGUGCAGCCUCCUACUGAGAAUGCAGAUGGUGCAGAUUCAACCACAGCAGCUACUAAUGAUGUGGAAGACAAGGAGAUCAAGGCUUAAGCAUUAAUAGGUUUCCAGUUAAAAGUUGAAUUGCUCUAUUACUAGAAGUUGUGGAAGAAAUUAUCUCUGUCGGUCAAGAGUUAAUAAUUAAUUAUUAAUGUUAUCUCUUUAUGAUUACUUUGUUUUGCUUGAAGUUUUGGGGAUGUUAUUGUUUUCAACUUUAAUCAUCUGAUGAGCUAUGUUCUUGA